AUGGCUUUAUCCUCCUCCUCGCGAGCACCGAAACGCCCGCUACACUUCCUUGACCUCCCCAGCGAGGUCCAGCGCGAGAUCAUCAGCCACUGCGACUCGAGGGACCUAAUAUGUGUCGCCCUGGUCUCGCGACACUUCCGCGAGCUCGCUGCCGCCGAGCUGUACCGCACAUUCGCCAUCACCAUCCCUCACCCCGAUGACCCGGGGCCCGAGUGCACCAUCGACCCCUUGGCGGGAGGUCUGGAUACCUUGGUGACUAGCAGCUACAAUUAUGCCCAGUAUUUGCGGACGUUUGUUCUGGAUACGCCGCAUGUCGGGGAGAAGGCCGAGAAGGCCGUUGCGCCGUACAUGGCGACGGUGACGUGUGGCAAAUUUAUGAAUACGCUGCUGCUGCUGGCUUUGCGGAAUGCGCGCGCGCUGGAGACUUUCAAAUGGAACGUCCGCAUUGAGCUGAGCCGUCCGAAGGAUCACCCGAAGGCCCCGAAGAAGGCUCCUUCAAGAAAUGAGCCGCCGACGUUUUCUGGGUUCAAGAAGUUAAAGAGUCUGGCCGUGCUGGAUAUCGAUAACCUCGACAUCAUCCCUGAGAUCCAGGCUUGUGUCAGGAACUGCGCUUCCACGCUCACCAAGCUGAAGCUAUCCUUCUCAGAUGCACUAGCAUCCCAGUCCCGCAAGCCUGUGGCUGAAAACUCGCCAUACGACUCCUCCGACACCGAGUCCGAAGAAGAGGGCUUCUUCCAGAAUUCUAACAAUGCCAACAGCGCAGCUGCCAAGAUGGCCGGGGCAUUGGAAGAAAAGAAAGCCCAGGAUGCUGUCCUCGCGACAAUCUUUGACGUCGAGCCUUUACCAGAUGAGAAGCCAGCUAAGAAAUCACAGAAGCGUGAAAAGGAUGGCGUGGGAUCGUCAAAGGGGAAGGACAAGACAAAGCCGGACAUGGCUGAGUUUUUGAAGAAUGCUAUGGCAAAGUAUGUGGAGAAGGUGAAUGGGUCGGGAGAUGUGGCAAUUCCGCAGGAGGUGUUGGAUAUGUUGGGGAAGGCGGCAAAGAAGUUCAUGGAGGAGGUUAAAGAGGGGAAAAAUGAGGAGGAUAAGGACGAGGCUGAGUCUUCGAAGGAUACAUCGUCAAAGGACUCUGAUAGCUCCAGCAAAAAGGCUCCGACGUCCAACAUCAAAAAGAAACCCGACAUCGACCCCGACGACAUCGACAUUACUGCCCCGGACGACGAACUCGACCUCGACUCUGAACAUCCCGCCAACGACGACCUCCCCCCGGAACCCUCAGCCUCCGAACCCUCCUCAUCCCAUACUAGCCCCUCUAAACCCCAAGAUCCCUGCCUAACCCAAGCCAUAGCUACCCAAAGAGAAACUUACCGCCUCCUCGCCCAAGAACUCUCCACCGUCGAAUCCCAGAUUCGUCUCCUCACCUCUGACAUCUCCCGCUGGCGCGCAAACACCUCUCUCGUACCCCCGCAAACCCUUGCCGAUGCCGAGAAACGCCUGCAGGGUUUCAAUGACAGCGUCAAAGUUAUCAAGGCUGAGUUGGAGGCUUGCGAGAAGAGGUUGGUCACUCUCCAGGCCCAGGGAAUGGAUGGGCAGGAGAAAGGAAGGGAGAAGGAGAAGGAGAAGAUGAGUGUUUAUCUUCGGACAACAAGAGGCUUGGCAUUAAAGUCCUUGGGUAUCUCGCUCAUCCCAACUCGGGCAUCAGUCUUAUCCAGGGCAGUCGACUUGCGCUCGCUACACAAGUUAACCCUCCUAAACGUGGGCAACCAAGCGCCCAUCUGGGCUCUCUUGCAACGUGAAAACCGCGAAGCGCCUCUGCCCCUCCGCAAGAUCUUCACCGACAACGUGUCGCCCGUCUUUCUGGGGUUUCUCUCAGAGCUGGAGGCGGUCGAGGAGUUGUUCAUGUUGGAGAGAGCGCCCAGCUGGAAGCCCGCGAGUUUGGCGCCGAAAACGACGGUCGGCAUAGGGCAGAUUAGACGGCUUGUGCUGAGGAGGCAUGUCGGCACGCUGAGGAGGCUGAUGAUCAGAAAUGCGGCGGAUACGGAGUGGGAUGUGGAUGAGAAGACGGUCGUAUUGUUGUGUAGGGGCGGGAGGAGACUUGAGGAGUUGGCGGUUAAGAUGAGUGUUGGGGCUAUGCACACCUUCCUCCAGAAUAUCGCCGGCCUGGUCUCCCUUCGGGCGCUGCAUGUCAUCGACCUCCGAAGCGACGACACCUGCAUGUGGGCUAUGCGCGAGACGAGGCGAUUCCUGAUCGACAACGUCGCGCAUCAUCCGCAUCUGAAACUGGAGUAUGUCGCGAUUGAUGAUAGCAAUUUUGUCGAUCGGCUGGUGAGGAAGCCGAGGAGGCCCCAGCGGCAGCAGCAACAGGUUGAAGGCAGCGAUAGCAAGGGGAAGGGUAUGAGGGGUAAUAAUAUGGUUAACCGGGAAGAUAAUCCCAAGGGAAAGGGUAAGGACGUUGCUGCCACGGGGAUGGUGAACGGAGACAGUAAAAGCAAGGGCAAGGGGAAGGAAAAGGCGGUGAAUGGAAGCCUCAGUGAUGAGGAUGAGUUUGUUGAGAAUCUGCUUAACAAUAUGGGCUAUCCUUUCUCCUCCUCCUCUUCCUCCUCCUCCUCCUCCUCCUCCUCCUCCUCCUCCUCCAGCAAGAACAACGACAACGCCAAAGCUUCCUCGUCGUCCUCAUCCGGCACGACUUCCUCUUCUUCCACAAACAACACAGCAAACGACUUUGACGUCGACGAUAUCAGCUCCGACUCUGAGACCGACGCCUCUUCAUCCUCAUCCACUUCAUCCUCUUCCUCCUCAUCAACUUCAGACUCGGAUUCUGACUCCAACUUAACCUUGGACUCAGACAACUCCGGUCCCGCAAACAACGCCAACAAUACCAAUAAGAAGGUCAAGAAAAAGAAGAAGGCGAGUGGGUACGGGCAGAAGAUUACAGUGAUUGAGGGGCUGAGAGUGUACCAGGUGGAGGAUGUGAAGAUCUUUAGGAUGGCUAAUAUAUGGGGGAGGUUGUGA